AACAAAACUGCCCCCCUGGGCUGGGAGAGGUCUCGCUCUUUCGCGCCCUCCCUGGCAAGGGGUUAAUUUUCCGAUCGCAUGAGGGGGAGGAGAUUUCCCUGUAGACGAGUAAAAAGCGUGAUGGACAAACGUGCGGGCACUAAGACCGCAAGGCAUUCAUUUCCUCCUACGGUGGAUGCGGACGCCGGGAGGAGGAGAACCCCAGAGCGAGGACCGGGGAGCCGUGGCACAGGCAAUGCUCAACCCUGGAUGUAGCUAGAACACGUAGGGACUCCGAAGAUCAGCCCCAAUGAACAUGUCAGUGUUGACUUUACAAGAAUAUGAAUUCGAAAAGCAGUUCAACGAGAAUGAAGCGAUCCAAUGGAUGCAGGAAAACUGGAAGAAAUCUUUCCUGUUUUCUGCUCUGUAUGCUGCCUUUAUCUUUGGUGGUCGGCACCUAAUGAACAAACGGGCGAAGUUUGAACUGAGGAAGCCAUUAGUCCUCUGGUCUCUGACUCUUGCAGUCUUCAGUAUAUUCGGUGCUCUUCGAACUGGUGCUUACAUGGUGUACAUUUUGAUGACCAAAGGCCUGAAGCAGUCAGUUUGUGACCAGAGCUUUUACAAUGGACCCGUCAGCAAAUUCUGGGCUUAUGCAUUUGUGCUAAGCAAAGCACCCGAACUAGGAGACACAAUAUUCAUCAUUCUGAGAAAGCAGAAGCUGAUCUUCCUGCACUGGUACCACCACAUCACUGUGCUCCUGUACUCUUGGUACUCCUACAAAGACAUGAUUGCCGGGGGUGGUUGGUUCAUGACUAUGAACUAUGGCGUGCACGCCGUGAUGUACUCUUACUAUGCCUUGCGGGCCGCGGGUUUCCGAGUCUCCCGGAAGUUUGCCAUGUUCAUCACCUUGUCCCAGAUCACUCAGAUGCUGAUGGGCUGUGUCAUUAACUACCUGGUCUUCUACUGGAUGCAGCAAGACCAGUGUCACUCUCACUUUCAGAACAUCUUCUGGUCCUCACUCAUGUACCUCAGCUACCUUGUGCUCUUCUGCCAUUUCUUCUUUGAGGCCUACAUUGGCAAAAUGAAGAAAACAACGAAGGCUGAAUAGUGUUGGAACUGAGGAGAAAGCCAUAGCUCAGGGUCAUCAAGAAAAAUAAUAAGACAAAAGAAAAUGGCACAAGGAAUCACAUAUGGUGCAGCUAAAACAAAACAGACGAGCAGACACAAAACCCGAGGCAGCUUAGGGAUAAUUAGGUUGACUUAACCCAGUAAGUUUAUGAUCCUUUUUGGGUGAGGACUCACUGAGUGCACCUCCAUCUCAAAGCACUGCUGCUGGAAGACCCCAAUCCCUCUUAUCUGUCUACUCUAGGACAAAUGAGAACAACAGUGAGCCAGAGGCAGAGAGAGACUAACAGAAAGCAAGCAAAGGCUAUUAACACUAUAUGAAAAACAAAAAAGUAUUUACUAAGUGUUAUCUUUCUCUAAGGAUGAGAGAAUUUUACUUUAAAAACUGUGCGAGCACACACACAAUCCUUUCUGAUCUUUUUUUUUUUUUUUUUUUUUGACAUGAAACUGGAGCCAGUAGAAAAGAUGAAAAUGGAAGAGACACAGGGUUUAUAUCUAGGACAAUGAUGCUUUUGCAGAAACUCAAGCCUUUUUAAGAAAGGUUAGUUUGUUGUAGCCCCCAUGAAAAAAAAGAGAUGUCUUAAUCAUUUUUUAGUUCAACUCAAGACAUAGAUAGAUAUUUUUCCCUUCACUGCCCAGCCGCAGGCUAGUGAGUUUGCCAAAAACAGGCAUAGUACUUUUCCAAGGUUCUUUCUGGGAGAAUGGAAGUAAUGCAACCCGGGUCUCAAAGGGGCAGCUCUCUGUACCAGAAUAUUUCUAAUAGUUAUCAUUUAUACUCUUAGAUGAGAUAUGAAACAUUUGUUUAGUUGUCCCAGACAUUUGAAUAGAACAGUAAAUGCAGACUCAAAAAAAAAAACCAAAACAAACAAAUAAAAAUAAUAAUAAUAAUUUUUUUAAAAAAAAAUUCAACCAGAUGGCUUGAAAGUGCAUCCUGCACUGUACGUGGAAGGGCUGAGCCCAGGAUCAGUGGAGCUUGGGAAGGUGAAAAGGCAUGAGCUAAAGAGCCCUCAGUAGCCAGACAGUAGGAUUUUUGUGAAUUUACAAAGAAAUCUGCAGAGUCUCUGCCUGAUUUGGGGUGAGUGCUGUUUCCACCUGGUCCACAUUAGCUCCCCAAGCCAUGCAGAGGUGUUCUAAGUGCCCUCUGCUGGCCAAGUGGAGAUAAUUAACAAACACACCAUGACAAGUUUGGCUGGAAAUAGUUGAUAGCAAUUUCAAUUUCAAAUGAUAUUAAACAACUCAUCGUAGGUUUGGCCAAAUCAGAAGACAUCCUUCCUGCUUCAAGUCAGCUUCAGAAAUUUUUUCAAAGGGACUUUUGCUCUGGAACUCAGAAAAUCAAUUUAUUAAGAGCCAUAUUCUUUUUUUUAAGAAAAGAGCUAGAUAAUAUUAUCUGUAAUAUUUCAGUCCUCUACAAGCCAAAUAAAUGUGUCAAUGUUCCUAGGAUUUCAAAGAAGCAAUUAUGUAAAGUUGUUCGAUGUGAUAUAAUAGUAUUUUAAUUGGUUCAGUAGCUUAAUGAUUAGGCAAACUAGAUGAAAAGGUUAGGGGCUACUACACUGCAUAGAUUAUUAUACACACAUAACCACACAUAUAUGCACACAAAUGUGGGGUACACUGAACUUCAAAGCCGAAAUGAGUAGUAACACAUUUUCUGGCUAGCAGAAAACUGUUGUUUAUCUUUCUUGCUUUAUUUGAGAGUGUACAGUAAAAGGGAUUUUUCAAAUUAUUUUUAUAUUAUUUUAGCUUUAAUUGUGCUGUCAUUCAUGAAACAGAGCUGCUCUGCUUUUCUGUCAGAGAUGGCAAGGGCUUUUUCAGCAUCUUGUUUAUGUGUGGAAUUUAAAAAGAAUAAAGUUUUAUUCCAUUCUGUGUGAAUGGCUUGAACAAUGAACACAGAGUCCAUGCAAACCAAGUCAUUACUGAAAGACCUGGGAAGGGGGCUGUGCAGAGAAGAAGAUGUUACGUCCAUGUUAAAUUAUUGUGAACAGUCUAUGGUGUCCUGAUGUUGGUUCAUAGAUGAGAUAUGAUUGAUGGAAGGAUGUAAUGUUAUUAGGGCAGAAAUUGAUGUGAGCUAAAAAGCUAGGUCCUGCUACAACAACUAGGAUAGAUUCUUAGGAUGCAAACGGUCUUGAGCUUUGCAAAGACAUGAUACUGUGCAAUAAGACUUUUUCCUUCUUAGAACAGAAAAUGAGUAGACUAAUUAAGACAAGAAAAAAGGCCACAUAUCAAUUGAAUUUAGUCAAAGGACCAGUCAGAGGCUCAUCUAGUGGGUUUAAUUAUUUAAUUCAGUGAUUUAUCAUAGAUUCUUUACUGCAGGUUAGAAUAAAGAAAUGAACAUAAACCUUAAAAAAGACUCUAGGUGAUGUUUCCAAAGACAUUUGUCUUGAUAUUAAGUUCAUGAUUCUGUUCACUUGUAAAAUAACUUAAAAUUUGGGUUUACAGGUUGAAAGUCUAAUAAAUAGUUUUUAAACUAGCUAAAUAUACCUAAAGCAUUUCCAGUGUUUAUCAUGGGAGGAAAAAAACCACACGUUUUUUUAAAAACAAUUCUGGUAAUAUAGGUUCAGCUUACUGUUUUUAAUAUCUCAGCUUAGCUGCUUUAAUUAUAUCAAGAUAUGAGGCUGGAUCACUGGCCCAUGACAAAUCUGAAACCUACCAGAGAAUUGACUGCCACAUAGAUAAUCCUGCUGUCAGUUAACAUUCCAGGAAAAUGGGCAGGCAAUUUUUAUAGCUGCCCCACUGUGCUACAAUAGAGUGUCUUUCUAUUAAAAUGAGUUUCCACUGCAUUCCAAUCCCAGUAUGGUGAAAACAUCAUUCUUGGAUUAAAUAAAAACAAAUCCUUGAUUUCA